CCGGUGCCGGCCUCCUCACUUUCCCUGGCGCCCCGAGCCUGGUCCCGUUGGUGGCUCGCGCCUCCCUGACCCGGGUCCGGGCCUCGCAGACGCCGCCGAGGGGGCUGCGCGGCCUCCGGAGCCCGGGCCAGCCCCUGCCCACCGCAGCGCGACCCUCUUUUCCACCCCAACAGCCCCCGGCGCCCGCUGCUGAGUGUCCGUGUUGGGGUCCCUGCUUCCCUGACGUUUCUGUGUUCGGGGUCUCGGCCAGCAUCACCCCCUAGAACGCCGUUUUACUCUUUAUCCGCAGCCAAGCACCCUGUCCCGCCUUUCCACAGGCACCGUUUGUGGGUCCAUGUCGUGGUCCCUGUAAGAGCUGCUUUGGGGUUUUAGCUUCUAAGGUUCUUGCUUUUCCACACCCAGAAGACAGUGCCCGAAGCCAGGGACACCAGCCAUGCGCCAAACAACUGGGCCUCAGGUUUUUGUGUGGACAUAAACUUUCAGCUCACUUGGGAAGAUACCAAGGACGUGAUUGCUGGAUCAUAUGGAGUCUGUGACCUUUGAGGACGUGGCUGUGUACUUCACCCAGAAUCAAUGGGCCAGCCUGGACCCUGUGCAAAGGGCCCUGUACAGGGACGUGAUGCUGGAGAACUAUGCAAAUGUGGCUGCCCUGGUGGCAUUUCCAGCCCCCAAGCCUGAUCUGAUCUCCCAGCUGGAGAGAGGGAGCGCACCCUGGGGCCCCGAUCCUUGGGAAGCAGAGGUUUUGCGAGGCAUCUGUCCAGGUGAUGAGUCCCGGAUCAAGGAUGAAGAGCCUGCCGUAAAGCAGGAAGCCUCCGGAGAAACAGAGCGGCUCAGAGUGCCAGGAGGUGGACUCAAAAAUGUUUCUCAGCGCCUUGAAUUUAAAAGCAAGGCCACGUGGCCCACUUUCAGCCUGAAUCCGAAUCUGAUACUUCGAGGGGGAAUGAAGUUCUAUGAGUGCAAAGAAUGUGGGAAAAUCUUCAGGUACAACUCAAGGCUCAUUCGGCAUCAGAUGAGCCACACCAGGGAGAAGCCCUUCAAAUGUAAGGAAUGCAGCAAAGCUUUCAAGUCCAGCUACGACUGCAUUAUACACGAGAAGAACCACAUUGGGGAAGGGCCCUAUGAAUGCAAGGAGUGUGGCAAAGGUUUGAGUUCCAACACAGCCUUGACUCAGCAUCAGAGGAUCCACACGGGGGAGAAGCCCUACAAGUGCAAGGAGUGCGGCAAGGCCUUCCGCAGGAAUGCAGCCUACCUUCAGCAUCAGCGCUUACACACGGGGGAGAAAAUCUAUAAGUGCAAGGAAUGCUGGAGAGCCUUUGGUUGUAGGUCACUUUUCAUUGUCCACCAGAGAACUCAUACUGGGGAGAAGCCCUACCAGUGUAAGGAGUGUGGCAAGGCGUUCACACAGAAGGUAGCCUCCAUUCAGCACCAGAGGGUGCACACUGGAGAGAGGCCUUAUGAGUGUAAGGUGUGUGGGAAAGCCUUCAGAUGGUACAGCAGUUUUGUUCAGCAUCAGAAGUUGCACCCCGUGGAGAAAAAGCCCGCCCUGGCGAGUCCCCAGUGCCCCUCUUCAGCCUUGUCGCCGGGUCCUCUCCAGAGCCUGUGCUUGGCUCCCGCUGUGGCCACACCCUCGCUGACCUUCCCGCAGGCUGUGCUCCUUCCUACCUCUGGGCCUUUGUUCGUGCUGCUGCCCACAUCUGGAAUGCCUUCGCCACCUGUCCAAAUAGUGCAGGUCUUCCCGGGCCUUGCUCCCACUGUCAAGCCUUCCCCGGUUCAUCUCGCCUCUCGUGAGCUUUAUCUUGCCACGCCCAUGGCGCUCACGCCCAGCAAAUCUCCAACCUAAUUGGAGUUUCAUUUGUAUUUUUUUCCUCACCUGACAUGUGUUUCAGCUGUUUCAGCGCACACUGCAUUGUAAUCUAUAUAUUUAAAGAUUGUGUUUA